CAAAUGCCCUGAGACGACACUUGUCUAAAUUCUAAAGCUUCAACAUGCCGGAAUCCGGCGAAAUCAAGUCACCGGCGGCUAAAUCUGACCCUCAAACUACCUCUCCGCCACCGUCUCAAAUACCGUCGCAACCACAGACACAGCCGCAGCAACCUCAAGCGGCAGCUUUGCCACUAAAGCGUCCCCAACAACUGGAAUCGUCCCCAAACCCAACCACCCCGUCAGUCACCGAUCCCAAAGACGUCACUCCCACCACUAUCUCCUCCCGAAUUACUGAACCUGAUUUCAUCUAUAUUCCCAGUUAUUCCCGUUGGUUUUCAUGGAAUAGCAUUCAUGAAUGUGAGGUUCGCUUUCUUCCUGAAUUCUUUGAUGGAAGGUCGCCUUCUAAGAACCCUAAGACAUACAAAUACUAUAGGAAUACUAUUAUUCGUAGAUUCAGAGAUAACCCCACUAAAAAGAUAACCUUUACUGAGGCUCGCAAGACCAUUGUUGGAGACGUGGGCUCAAUUCGUAGGGUUUUCGAUUUCUCAGAGACAUGGGGUUUGAUUAAUUACACUGCUAACUCUUCCAAGUCUCUGAUCAAGUGGGAGGAAAAAGAGUCUAAGUCAACGUCUGCCUCAGCUCCGCAAAAUGCCGACGCUAAUGGAACGUCCACUGAUUUUACUCUCCCCAAGAAAAGAAUCUGCAAUCUCUGCAAAACAGUUUGCAGGAUUGCUUGUUUCGCUUCUGAUAAGUAUGAUUUGACUCUUUGUGCAAGAUGCUAUGUUAGUAAUGAUAAUAGAGUCGGCGUGAAUAAUUCAGAGCUUCGGCGAGUUGAGAUUAGUGAGGAAGUAAAGACAGAUUGGACUGACAAAGAGACUUUGCACCUUUUAGAAGCUCUUAUGCAUUAUGGCGAUGAUUGGAAGAAGGUUGCUGAGCAUGUUGGUGGCAGAAGCACGAAGGAAUGUGUGGCUAGAUUUGUAAAGCUUCCUUUCGGUGAGCAGUUUAUGGGCCCUCCUGAAUCUGCAGAAGUGGAUAGUGAAUCCAGGUCUGAAACUAUGUAUCUUCAGUCCAAGAGAAGGCGCCUCACACCCUUUGCUGAUACAAGCAACCCAAUUAUAGCUCAGGCUGCUUUCCUCUCUGCUCUUGCAGGAAAAGAGGUUGCAGAAUUAGCAGCACAUGCCGCUGUUACAGCUUUGUCUGAGAUUGAUGAAGGAAUAACAACAGGGAGUCUAGCAUCUCUACUCUGUGGUGCGGAGCGGCAAGAAUCGGAUGGCAAGGAUAAACUCGAAAGACCUCUUGUUGAAGCCAUGGCUCAGUUUGAGAAGGAGGCACUGGACGUGGAGAGAGCCGUAUCUGAUGUAGCAAUUGAGACAAAGGAAAUUGAGGACAGCAUUGCUCAUUUUGAGGAACGUGAUUUACAGAUGGAAAAGGAGUGGCAACAGCUGAUACAACUUAAGAACCUGAUCUUCAUUGAUCAACUUACUUUACUAGUAAAUAAAUCUGGUGCUCCAAAAGCUGGAGAAACCAUUAGGGAGGAGGUGAUAGAUGUUAAGACAGAAUAACAAAUCCCUUUGGCAUAAUCUGGUCUCUUAGUUAUUUGUCAAAUAUUAAGCAGUAGCAAAUUCAUAUAGCAGAAGGAAUUUAUUUGGCUUCUAACCCCUGUGCUCUCCCUCCCAGCCCCCUAUAUUUCCCUGACUUACAUGUUGUAUUAGAACUUGUAAUUUACAUUUUUAUUGUGUUUAAUGGAAACUGUAACUGCA